CUGUUCGUGUAAGCAAUCAUGGAGCUGUACUUUCCGUUCUGUUUUUUCCUGGUAUUAGCAAUCUGCCUAGUCGAGUCUCGUCAAUUUCGCUACGAUUACAAGUUUAACCAAGAUAUCCAAGGUUGGAUCAAACUGCACCAAGUCCCCUCCACCUGGGAGGACGCAAGGCUGAGAUGUCAUCUUGAAGGUGCCAAUUUGGCUUCACCCCAGAAUUCCAAAUUUGCGACAGUACUAAAGAAUGCGUUGAAGAACACUCAUGCUGAACGGAUAGGAAUUUUCACAGGCAUCCAUGCGACAUUCUCGAAUGGAGAUUUUCAGUCUAUAGAAGGUAUUCCUUUAACAAAAAUGCCGCUACAAUGGAUGCCUUACGAGCCUGAUAACGAAAACAAUGAGGAAAACUGUAUCGUGAUGCAUUCAAAUGGGACAAUCGCUGAUGUCAACUGCAACGAAGUCUUCCCCUACGUUUGCUACAGAAAGAAGUCUAAGAACGAGGUGUUAACUGAAUGCGGCACUGUUGAUAGGGAUUAUCAUCUGGACCCUCGGACUGGCAGCUGCUACAAGUUCCACUUCAUAGCCCGUAACUGGACCCGCGCUUUCAUGACCUGUGCCGCAGAGGGUGCCUAUCUGGCAAUCAUCAACAAUGAUGCUGAAGCUGAAAUCUUAAAGGAGCUGUUCGCCAAAUAUCCACAACCUGCACGUUUUAGCAGUUCUAAGAAUGCUGCCUUCGUGGGUUUCCAUGACUGGGGCGAGCGAAACGUCUGGACCACUAUACAUGGCGAAACAAUUGAAAACGCAGGCUUCAACACUUUCGAAGCUAACCAGCCAAACGCGAACGGAGGAGGCCAAUCCUGCGGAGGUUUCUUCAGGUCAGGCAAAUUAGAUGACUCCUGGUGCCAUUACAGGCUGGCUUUUAUAUGCGAAAAGUCAGUAGAUAGCCUGUUAGACGACAAUGAAUAAUUUUACUGGAAUUACAAUGUAUUUUCAGUUGUGAAGAGAUAUAUUUAAUUAAAUAAU